AUGAAGCCCAGCCUUCUUCUUACACUCUCUACACCUCUGUCGCUUGCUAUACCCCUCAUUCUCCCACCAGCGCUUUUCAAAUUACCAACAGAAUUUUUACGCACCACAACAGCACUUUUACAUAAACCAGCAAAGCCUUUCCAUGCACCAGCGCCACAUCCACAUAUAUCCACCAUAUCUGUACAUAUACCAGCAGUACCUGCACAUAAUCCAGUAGCACCUCCACAUAUACCAGCAAAUGAAGGACAUAUUCCAGCAGCACCCGUACACAUCCCAGCAGAGGAGCCACAUGCCCCAGCAACGCCUGUACGUGUAUCAGCAGAAGAGAAAAAUAAUGUAAAGGCGCCUGCUAUUACAAAGAUACCCCAAGCCACAAAGGCACCAGACGAGCCGACAACCAUUGGACCUAUCAGAUUACCCCACACUUCCAAACCAGCUCACCCAGCUGGAACACCCUCAAUCCGAAAUGAUUUCACAAAAUUCGGCUGCAAAGAUAUCAUAUUUGUCUACGCUCGAGGUUCUACCGAAGGAGGAAACAUGGGCGCCUCAGAUUCAGUCGGCUCACGAACCGCCCUCGGCUUGAUAAGCGCUUUUGGAAUGAAACGUGUUGGAGUUGAAGGAGUCAAGUACGAUGCUAAAAUCAGGACGAAUCUAAGGAAGGGGAAUGCAGAUCCAGAGGGAAUAAGUAAUAUGAGGAACAUCAUUACGAAGGCGGCGGUGAAAUGUCCGAAAUCGAUCAUUGUUGCUGGCGGUUACAGGUAAAUCUUUCUCCCCUUUUCAUGUUCUUGUACGAAAUAAUUGACACCACUCUUAGUCAAGGAGCAGCAAUUGUUCAUGGCGCGAUCGGAGCACUAAGUCCAUUAGUGAGUGCUAAAAUCGUAGGAGUUGUUACAUUCGGAGAUACACGUAACGCACAAGACGAUGGAGUUAUUCCCAAUUUUCCACCUCCGAAGACAUUGAUUCUUUGCAACGAUGGAGAUUGGACUUGCAAGGGGAGGAUAUACAUGAUCACGCCAGCUCAUCUUCAUUACGGAAGGCGGGUGCCGGAAGCUGUGGUCUUUUUGGUUGAGAGGAUUAAGAUGGCCCAGCGGGCUGCUCGACAUUAAUUGGAGGUUGGGAUUCUUUGUUGUUCUUUGGGAUUGGAUAAUGGACGGUUUCAUUCUCUUGAUGGGUAAUGAUUUAAUGAGUCAACGACACACUUUCUUUCUUGUAUAUAGUUUAUAGUUUAGUUUGCUUGAAGCUGCGCCAGCAUUUCAAGACG